UACAAAUUAUUUAUUUUUUCUGCGACUUUCUCCUCUCGCAGCUCUUUUGGAAGAGAGAAAAAGCGCUACAGCCGCACGCACAGUCAAGUCGGAGUGGCUAUUGGCUAAUCUCCAACAUUUAAACUGUCAAUCAAGAUUAAUGGGCUAUAUAAUGCCAGUGCCGGUAGUUAGACAGUGCUGGGGUAGAAAGGGCUGAGCAUAUAGGCAGGCGAAGACGCGAGAGCCAUUAGUUUUGUUGGUGUGCGCACGCACUGUGUUGGCAGUGGCUCUCCAGCUAUUAUCACUGCUUUUUCGUACUGUGCAUAUUAUGACAAAGACGUAUGUGCGUCGGACCUCUGAUAUUAAAACUGGAGUGAUGAGAAUUCUGUCGUAGAGGGGUAGUGCUAUGGAGAACACUUAAACAUCCAUCUGGCAUGAUCCACGCACUUUGGGAAGGUGCGCAUAGUCUAUGUGCUUACUCCAAUUGUAUUCUCAGCAAAAGGCAUUUUAUACCUAAAAGUCGUAAUGGAUUUAAAUAAUUUGGGAAACGCGGUGCUUUUCACGUUCCACAUCAUCUUCUACAUAUUAAAAGCAUGCUUGGGGUUGUUGCUCCCGAGCAGACGGAAAGACCUACGCGGAGAGGUGGUAUUGAUCACCGGCGGUGGACGGGGCAUCGGUCGGCAUUUGGGGAAGGAGUUUGCAAAACACGGGGCCAAAAAGUUGAUCCUGUGGGGCCGCACUGAGAGGUGUCUGAUGGAGACCUGUGAGGAGAUCUCGCUCACCACCGGAGCCGAGUGCCAUUACUUCCUGUGUGACGUGGCCAAUCGGGAGGAUGUGUACAAGCAGGCCAAGGUGGUCCGAGAGAAGGUGGGCGACGUCACCAUUCUGGUGAAUAACGCAGCAGUGGUUCAUGGGAGAAGUCUGCUGGACAGUGACGAUGAUGCUCUGAUGAAGACUCAACACAUCAACACGCUGGGACAGUUCUGGACCACCAAAGCUUUCCUACCCCGCAUGCUGGAGCUUUGCCAUGGCCACGUGGUGUGUAUCAACUCCAUCCUGUCCCUGUCCUCCAUCCCGGGGGCCAUAGAUUACUGCACCUCCAAGGCCUCGUCCCUGGCGUUCAUGGAGAGCCUCACCCUGGGCCUGCUGGACUGCCCUGGGGUGGGCUGCACCACCAUGCUCCCCUUCCACACCAACACUGACAUGUUCCAGGGCAUGAGAGUCAGGUUCCCUCAGCUCUUUCCCCCGCUAAAUCCUGAGCUGGUGGCCCAGCGGACGGUGGACGCAGUCCGGACCAACACCUCGUUCGUCUACUUACCUUGGACCAUGCACGCUCUCGUUAUUCUCAAGAGCUUCCUGCCUCAGGCGGCUCUGGAGGAGAUCCAGCGCUUCACAGGGUGCUACACCUGCAUGGACACCUUCAAGGGACGGACAUAAGAACGGAGAGGCUACGUCACUAAGAACUGCAUAACAGCUUCCUGUCAAAAAAGUGGAAGUAUCUCCAAGACAGAGGCCUUAGGAACUAUGGGUACUUGGGGUCACAGUGCCCUGAUGGUGUAAGAAGAGGAUGCUGUGGAAUCAUGGACUAAGCACUAGAUGGACUGGUAUUCAGAACUGAUCAAGCCUUACCACUGUGGUAAACUUCCCAUCUGUUUUACUAAUUUGAAAAUGCAGAGAUUAGGUUGAAUGGAUUGUACUCAUGAUGUUAACAAGCGAGUAACUUCUGGUAGUUGCAUUUAAUUCCAGGUUUCUUGGUGUUUUUGUGUUUAGAAAUAAAUGGUAGUAAAUCUGU